AGAAGCUAAGAUCAGAUCAGAGAACUGAAGAAGAUGGGAAGAGCUCCAUGUUGUGACAAGGCAAAUGUGAAGAGAGGACCAUGGUCACCUGAAGAAGACUUAAAGCUCAAAGAAUACAUACACAAGCAUGGCACUGGUGGCAAUUGGAUUGCUCUUCCUCAAAAAGCUGGUCUCAAGAGAUGUGGGAAGAGUUGCAGACUGAGAUGGCUUAACUAUCUGAGGCCAAACAUUAAGCAUGGAGAAUUUUCUGAAGAAGAAGACAGAAUCAUUUGCAGCCUCUAUGUUAACAUUGGAAGCAGAUGGUCAAUUAUAGCAGCUCAGUUGCCAGGAAGGACUGACAAUGAUAUAAAGAAUUAUUGGAACACUAAGCUCAAAAAAAAACUCAUCUCUGGUUUCAUUCCCAAUUCUUCUUCUAUUCAUCAAAGAAAACAUCAUCAACAACAACAACAACAACCUCCAUUUCCAUCAUCAUCAAUGUACAUGGAUCAAUGUUAUGGAUCUUAUGUCACAGGCCUUGUUGAUCCUAUUUCACUUCCUUCAACUGAAUACUAUGCAAACACAACAACAACCUCAGUUCCAUUUUACCAGCACCAAGUAGAUUCCAUUGUUAGCCCCAGCAGCAUGCAACAAAAUUAUCACAUGUUUGGAAGUGAAGGUAGUUGCAGUUCCUCUGAUAAUGGAAGCAGUAUCAAGCAAGAGGAAAUUGGGUAUCAUCAUCAAGGAUCAUACAACAACAUUAUUGCAUUUGAUGAGUUCAACAACAACAAUGAUCAUCAUCAUCAUAAUAAUAAGUUUCUUCUUAUGCCUAGUAGUUUCAAUGAUAAUAAUAGUAAUAGCAUUGUUAAUUAUGAUGGUGGUGAAAAUAUUACUGAAUAUGAUCUUGAGGAAAUUAAGCAAUUGAUUAGUGUUAGUAGUAGUGUUGAUGAAAUCAAGGAGGAGAAACCUAUUUACUAUUAUUAUUGAUCAAUGUUGAAGAUAUCAGAUUCUGGGGUUUUCUCUUCA